CUUCCGGUAUUGAACUUAAAGACAAAAAGAUAAAGGAAAACUAAAACAGACGAAAAAAAAGUUACCGAAGUUAUCUUAACGGCGAUGCAUAAAGAUAAAUGUAUUUUAAGCUUCAAUAGGAAAGUGCAUUAAGAUGAAAUGAAACGCCUCAAAUAGAUGAACUGAACAUCACACCAACCAAGACCAAGUCAGCCAUGCCUGAUAUUCUGCGAUGCUGCUUCAGUUUUGCAAAACUUUUCACCAUGAACAACAUCCGAAGUAAAGUUGUACAAUGGAUUGUGGUGUUGAUCCUACUACUUCUGGGCUAUGUCAUGAUAUACAAUCAGAGUGCAGUGCUGAACUUUAAGUCUUUCUUUAAUCUGGUGUGGGCCAAUAAAAAUUCUCGGAGAUUAAGUAUAUUCCAAUUUAGAAAGUAUCUAGCUGAUAGCAGUAUUGGAUCACUAAAUAUUAACUUUUCUUCAUCCCACCGUAAUACCACAUUAUGUCCCAUCAUCCCUCCAGGUUUAGUUGGUUCUAUAAUAAUUAAUAGGGAUAUAUUAAGUUAUAAAACUAUAGAGGAUAAUAACAGAGAAUUACAGCCAGGGGGAUGUUACUCUCCUUCAAACUGUACACCACGUCACCAUGUUGCCAUCUUAAUACCAUACAGAGAUCGACAAUCACAUUUGAAACUAUUCUUACAAAAUAUUCAUCCUUUCCUGAGAAAACAACAAUUAGACUACGGAAUAUUUGUGAUUGAAUUGGUUUCUGAUGUCAAAUUUAAUAGAGCUAUGUUAUUUAAUAUUGGGUUUGUAGAAGCCUUAAAGCUUCACAACUAUAACUGUUUUAUUUUUCACGAUGUGGACCUCAUACCAGAAAAUGAUCUUAAUUUAUACACAUGUGCAGAGAGACCUCGUCACAUGUCAGUAGCCAUUGAUAAAAUGAAGUAUAGAUUACCCUACAAUCAGCUGUUUGGAGGUGUUAGUGCAAUGACAAAAGAACAGUUCGAAACUGUUAAUGGUUUUUCAAAUUCAUAUUUUGGAUGGGGUGGGGAAGAUGAUGACAUGUAUAAUAGAAUAGCUCACAAUAAAAUGAGUAUUAUAAGAUAUUCUUCAGAGGUUGCUCGGUAUAAAAUGAUGUCGCAUGCUAAAGAGGCACCAAAUCCUGUAAGAGGUACAUUAUUAAAAGAUGGACAGAAAAGGUUUAAAAUAGAUGGAUUAAAUAGUCUUCAAUAUGAAGUUCUCCAAAUAACACGUAGGAAAUUGUUUACAUGGAUUCUUGUGAAUAUAAAUGAAAAGGCUGUUAAAGACGCUAUUGAAGUAGCUAUGAAGUUAUGACACAGUUUAUGCAAGAAAUUCCUAUAAAAUACUCUUUACGCAUACAAACUAGUCAUUGGUUUGAGUUUCUCUGCCUGUUGAUGUAAUGACCAUAGACAACCCUUUUAUUUAAUAAGGGUAGGGUAUCGUUUGAUUUUUGUGAUUCAAAUGUUCAUUUGUGAUAAAUCUGAAUGUAGAUUCCUUCCAGAUUUUGAAUCUGGUUUGAUUGGUAUACAUCAAUUAGAAAUUUCAGAUUCAUUCAUUUGAAAUCAUUGAAUGUAUAAACUAAUCUACUUGGUUUCUGGGUUUGUGAAUUGCUGAAAACUAGAAGUUGUAUGCUGUAUAAAAACUUCAUUAUUCUUCUAUCUGAUCAAAAUAUUGAAUAUUCGAAUUAUGUCAAGUGUCGACACUCAUGUACAAAGGCCUUAAGAAGAACAAAAAAAAAAAAACAGAAACACCCAUUUUAUUUUAUGUCAUGACUUGUAAAAAGUUUGUUGUCAAGCUUCAUGCAUGCAUGUAAAUAAAAAGAAGUUUGUACAGUCCUAAAGGAAUAUGAUGAUUUUCUAGUUUGGUCCAAGGAAAUAGUUAAUAAUAGUCUUAUGGCACUUCAUUUGUUUACAUUUGGCACAAUCUAUACACAGUUUCAUAUAGAACUACUAUAUAGGCUCAAUUACAACAUUGUCAUUGCUCUUUAUACAAUUAAUUAUCUCAAAUUUUCAAUAUACAUUUCUCUUUGAAUCAGUUAAUGACAAUAUUCUAGUGGUAAUUUAAGUUGACUUGUAAUAUCUAAAUCUAAAGCUGUAUUUAGCAAACCCUUCAGUCAAAAUGUGUUCUUUAUUCUACCUCUCUGCCAAAUCUUGUGAAAUCAAAAAAUAGUUUGAAUAUAAACUAUCAUGUAAAAUAGGCAGUUUUAUUUUUAGCCAGUCAGGAAGGACCCCCAAUUAAUACUGGAAAUAGUAUUGUUUGGAAUACAAAUAUUGUUUAUUACUUCUUGAUAAAGAUUAGAGAAUUAUAGUAUAAACGUCAGUCACUAAUAGACAAUAAUUGUAUUCCAUAGAAUUGCACACUGUGUAUAUAAUUCUGUGCAAGAAAUAUUUUAGAAAUUAAAUGUGGUUUUCAAAUUCUCUCAGUAUUGCCUCUAUAGUUAUUUGUUUGAUAUCUAAAUAUACAUAUAAUUUGCGAAUAACCUUAGAUUUUGGAUAAAUUAAACAUACAUUAUGCAAGAGCCAAAUCUGCCAAUUGCAGGUCUUUCUUUAGGCCUGAAAUGUUUAUCUAAAUUAUUAAUUAGACAUUAAUUAACUUAUCCAGACCAUAAUCAACUCUUGAUGGCAUCGCUAGCCUGCGAUAUUUACUGGAUUAUGAUCCCAUUUGCUGCUUGACUUCCAUUUAAUCAUGAAAUGGAUGAUCGAGACUAUGUUUUUUAUCGUACAGACUUUAGUAAUGAUGAUCGAGGAUAGGCCAAAAUUUCAAUCGCUUAAUUCUCGGUUCAUAAUGGAUCAAUUUGACUGAAAUUAUCAGCAAAUAGUCUUUACAUUAUCUAGUUUUUAACUAUUAUAGUGAGAACUGCCAGCUCUUUAUCUUAUCUCCCAUAAUGUAUCUUUAAUUCUAUACUGUGAAACAAUUGACUAUAAAUGAGUCACUAAAUAUAUGAUGUUAUGGUGUGUUACAAUUUGUACUGAUUUGGUAAAUGAUAUAGAACAUUUUUUAUACAUAGCAUAAAGUUUACACUACUAUUCAAUUUUGAUGCAAAAAAACCCCCAAGAUUGUAGCCCUGCUGUCCUCACAGGGAAUAUUAUAUUUUUUCAAAAUAAUUGCAAAAAAUCAACAGGGAUUAAACUAGGGGAAAGUGGGGUAGGAAGGGCACAUUAACUUCAACCCUUCACAAAUAUAGCCACAAUGAAGUAGUCUCAUUUACCCACUAUACUUUAGUUCACAUGUGAUCAAAGUUGUGAAAGGUUUUAGUAAAGGAUAUAUUUUACCCCCAAGUUUCCAAACAUCUAAUUACAACAUAGAUAGCAUUCUUAGAAUUAGGUUUAUAAAUGCAUAACUGCCAGUCAUGAACAUAUGUGUUUCAAAUAAUUUGUCAACUUCCAUAAAUAAGUCUAGUUCAUAUUUGAGAAUUGUACACUUUUUUCAGUAUUAUUGCAUUUGUUUCUUUCAAAAUAUAUAAUUGUUGUAGUGUAGCAAUAUAAUCCUCAAAAUGUCUUUUAAUCAACAGCUAUGAUUUAUUUUUUAUCAUUAUAUGUGUGACGUUGUAAAAUCAUCAAAUCCAAAUCAAAUAUUUUGAUGAACCUACAUGGUUAUGUUUAUUUUGCGGUGUAUAUUUUUGAUUCUUGAUGUUCCCUUUGACACUUCCAAUCAACUGGUUAAUUGACAUGCCAUUUGCUAUUGCCUGCACUUUCAAAUUAAAAUUAUAUUUGUAUGUAAAUGAAAAAUUUAUAUAAUGUCCAUAAAAUUUCAAUAUAUUUGUGAUUAUCUGAUCUACAGUCGAUCAUGGAUCAAAGAAAAGGUUUCUAGUUUCUACAUACAUCCAGGACAAAACAUCCAAAUACUGAAACAUAUUUCAAUUUGUUUUGCAUGUACAAUUAUAUUUUCUUUUUAAUUUACAUAAAGUUGAAACAUAAAACAAUACAAGUCACUACUGAAAAAUGACCAAUCCUUUGUUGAUGUUCUGCAGAUCAUUGGCUGAUACUCGGAUUGUAGUGUAUAUUGAUGCUGACUUGCUGCAGAGUCAGAAGAUCUUGAAUGGGUUUUACCAAAUUUUUACGAGAGCGAAAUAAUGCAUAUCUGUUAAAAAUCACAAAAGUUUCAGGUCACAAUAUGUACACAAAAUAUCAUGUUCUUAAGAUUGUUUCCAAUAUUUCUAUAAUAUAUGCCUGUGUAGCGGGUAGCUGUUUAUACAACAUGUAAAUACCUGCACAAAUUGGAUUGAACAUCCAGGGCUGAAACAUGGAGUUAUGGUUAAUAAUUUAUAGUUGUAUAUAAUAAAGAAACAUCUUCCAAAAUAUACUACUACAUCCUACAUUUUGACAUCCCACCGAUGAUGGAGGGAAAGGUGAUCAUAAAUGCAUUAGUCAAAAAUAUAAAUACACAAAUUAUAUAGUCACUUUACUAUUAUUAUAUUAUAUUUUUUACUCAUUUUUAUACACCCACAUUUAUGGUAAACAUAUAUUGUCGUCACCUCUGUCCAUUGUCUGUCAUUUGCCCACAAUUUUUCAUGAACACUACACGUCUGAGUUCUUAACGGAAUUUGUUUACAUUUGUAGAGAUUGUUCCAUUGGUCACAUCAAAGAACUAUCAAAAAUCUGAUUUUUCAAUUCCCAAAUUGUGGAAUUUAUGUUUAGAUAAGCAGUAUGAUUGCUCAAUGCUUUAAAAAAAAAAUAAAUGUGCAAUUUUCUGAAAUAACCGUCAGCUCAUUUGUAUUAUGUUAUCUGACUUAUGGGGAAAAAAUGAGAAAAUUAACAAUUUAUGUUUUUAAAAAUGUAAUAUCUGUAUUUAAAUUAUAAAGCUUACAAGAAAAUAGAUUCCACUCUUAACUUGGACUACAUGUAAAUAAAAUUAGUCACUGUAUUUGCUUAAAACCACUUAUAGCAUUUUCAUUUUGAUGCCUGGCAACCAAUGACUUAUCCAUUUAUCCAAGAUGUGUUUUGCAUGACAUUUAUUUUACUUACAAUAAGAAAGUUGUUUACCUUAUUUAUGCUAAUCAACAUAUACCUUAUUUUUGAUAACUAUUAGUUACAUGUACAUCGAUGAUAUUUUAUUAUUAUAUUGAUCAAAAUAACUGUUUUAAUUGCUGAUUAUAUCUAGGUUAUUUUUUUAUGUAAAAGCCAUUAGUGGAUGACCCUCACAUCUUCCACAUUAUAAUAUAGGACUGUAAAUCUUAUUCAUAAAUAUGGCUUGUUUUUAUAUGGAUGAUAAAUUUAUGACAUUAAUUUAACCCUCAGACUUCCGCCAUGGGCAUGCCUAUAUAAGCAUUAGCUUUUUUAUACACCCACAUGGAAAUGUGGUCGUAUAUUGCUGUCACCCCCGUCCGUUGCCCACACUUUCUUGUGAACACUCUACCGACUACAUUUAUUAUCUGAUUGUUUUGAAAUUGAUAUAUGUUGUUUACAUUAGUGCGAUUAAGAAGCCCAUUUAAUUUCAAUAAUUUUCGUUAAUUUCUUCUGGAGUUAUGACCCUUAUUUCACUUUGUUGAACCUUGUGAACGCUCUAACAACAAAAGUUAUCAUCCGAUCUGUAUGGAAUUUAUAUGCAUCAUUUAAAUUAGUGAAAUGAAGAAGCCUAUUGAAUUUCAGCAAUUUCCGUUAAUUAAGGCUAGAGUUAUGGUCCUUGUUUCACUUUAUUGAACCUUGUGAAUGCUCCAACAACAGAAGUUAUUAUCCUUGUGAAUGCUCCAACAACAGAAGUUAUUAUCCGAUCUGUAUGCAAUUUAUAUGCAUGAAUUAGAUUAGUAAAACAAAGAAUCACAUUGAAUUUCAGCAAUUUCUGUGGAUUACUUCUAAAUUUAUGGUCCUUGUUUUACUUUGUAUGAAAUUUAUAUGCAUUAUUUGAAUUAGUAAAAUGAAAAAAACGGUCAAAUUUCAACAAUUUCUGUAAAUUACUUGCAGAGUUAAGGCCCUUUGUAGAAGGUUGUGAACCCUCAAACGACAAAAAUUAUAAUCUGAUCUGUAUGAAAUUGUCUUGUAAAUAAAUGCCCCCAAUUAUCUACAAAAGAAUAAAUGUGCGACAACCCUUUACGACCGCUCGACGAUUUAGCUGCUAUCUUUAUAUCUUCCUAUCACAGUUAAUUUAUGGUGCUACUAUGCAAUUAUCUAAUGUUACUAAAUUUUGUCACUAAAUUAACAGCCUGUGUGUAUGUUGUGCAGAACUAAACCAACUCAGUCAGGAAUGGUGAUGAUUUAUCAUUGAUAUUUGCUGGGUUUAAUCACUGUUAAUAUGACUGUUCAGGACUAGUUAUUCAUAAAUUAUUUAUGUAAUUGAUAUGAAAAAAUACUUAAUGUGUGCUAUAUAAUAUGUUCUCUGCUUGAGAUAUAUUUUUUGGUUUAAUGGCUUGCCUUUAUAGAUGUCUUUAUUACUAACAAUAUUUAAACAGAUUAUUUGACUAAUAUUAAGAGUAAUGUUAUUUACAUAUUUUGUUAUAAAUGUAUUGUUUUAAAUUUGUAUUAUCCGUCCUUGGAAAUAUUUCAUUAAUCAACAAAAAUUGUCUAAUCAAAGGCAAAUAUCAAAAUUAAUAAA